AUGACUCCUGAUGCUCCAGAUCCCCAGAGCUUGAAAUCAUGGCAAGAUGCCUUUCAGUAUCCCAUUCCCACAGUUCGCCGGCUCGAGCAGGAGCUGCGUCGCGACAUUGCGAGUAAUAGGGAGAAGCUCCGAGCUCUCGUGGGAACGCGCUAUCGGGAACUUGUGGGUACUGCCGAAACAAUCGUGGAUAUGCACAGAGAGAUCCAAGAUGUAGAAGGUACUCUCAUCGACGUUGCACGUCGUUGCAACCCGCGGCUUGUGGAGAAGAAGCAUCAACACGCCCGCCAAAUGAAGAGAGACGCUACAAAUCAUGAUGCCGACAAGCAUAGCUUCGGGGCACAGAUGGCUCUGCUUCAUCGAUGCACAACCACUAUUACCCGACUUUUGCGCCGUCGAGCUUCCUUGUUACUCACCGCAAAAAUUCUCGUUAUCUCACGCCUGCUCUUAAAGACGCUCUCUCAAAGUACGCCUUCGCCACCAUUCCUGGAAGACCUGCGCAACCAAUUGGCGAAUUUACGCCGAACUUUACUUAAGCGCGUCGACAAAAAAUUAGCCUCUGCCAAAGGGUCAGACGAAAAUAUCAUUGAGUCAUUGUCAGCAUUUUGUCUUGCUACAAGCUCAUCGUUCAGUGAUGCGGUUCACCAUUUCCAUCAAGUGCGCCUUGACAUGACUCUCGGACUUAUAAAUUCAUCUCACACGAACAUUCCCAGAGCUCUUCACCUAUUCGUUCGGACUCUACAAAAUUCAAAGAUGCUCCAAUCCCGCCAAUUCAAUGAUGCGCUUUCCAAACUCAAGUCUCAGCCCAUACUAUCUGAUCCAGAUGUCUUGUCUCUGGAGGGUCUUGAAAUAGACAUCCUCAGUCGCUGGGCCGCCCCUGAGGUUUUGAACUUCACUCCAUGGAUCAGGCUGAACGAAUCGACCCGCUCCGAAGCACUUCAGUCCACCAAGCAGUGGUCCGCGACGGCAUUUACCAGAUUUGAAGAAGCUAGUCGAGAGGCACUUGCACAGGGCACGGACUUUGUGGAGAUGCUGGAGCUGCGGACCGGCACCAUUGAAUUUUGGUUGAGCUCAUGGGGAUCGACGACAACGCAUGGAUCAAAUGAAGUAUUCGAGCAUCUGAGAAAGCUCUUCAAUGAUGUUUUGAAACGCAUCCUAACCGACAAGGUAUCCACAAUUACCUCAGUCGCGGCACAAAUCUCCUCUGCAGUUCGUAAUUGGGAGAUCAUUGAACACGAACCGGUUCAUUCUUUGUGGGACCAUGAUAUGAUCUCACACGAUUACUCCGACGGGGCCUCCCAAUUCAAGAGAAGUGUCCUGAACCGGCUUUACGGGCGCGAUGAGGAUGUCACCACCGCCUUGAAACAAUAUCAGUCCUGGCUUACCUCAGUUAGAAAUGUGCAUGACUCUAUCGAAAGCCUUCGGCGGCAUAAGUGGACCGACGUUCUGAUCACUGAAGGUGAAGAUGUCGAAGUCAUGUCACGCCUGAACAGCAAUGACCCUCAAUUACUCUCUCACACAUUGCGCUCGGCGACUCACGCGGCAUACCAAUCCCUCCAGGAGUCGUUCAAUACGUCUUGCAAUGAGAUUGGGGCAUCUUUCCCUGGCCAGAAAAGCACUUUUUUGCUUCGGCUUGUUCGGCAUGUUCGCCGCGAUAUUCCUCCCACUUUUGUGACAGAAGGCUUUCUCUUCGCCGACAGCCUUGUCGCUAAGUUGCAAACUCUGCUCGCCGAGGACAUCUGCUCGAAUUUUGACAUGGCUGCAUUUGUUGGUCCUACUCACCAACGGUCGAAAGCCGGCGGCCUCAGAAAUGUACCCGGGCGAUCACUAUGGGAAGGCGAGCCUCCUACCCCCGUACAGCCAUCACCAACUACCUUCAAAUUCCUUCGUCAUCUGACGGCGAUUCUGGAGCAAAGAGGAUCUGAUCUAUGGGAUCCGUCGACAACACGAAUUUUGAAGAAACGACUCGGAAAACUUUUGAAUGAAUCGCUUAAAUCUGCCAUGAAAGAAUUGGAAACAGGAGAGAUUGAGAGCGGGAACACUGCUAGCCCUGCAAGCUCGGAUCAAGGAACCGUCAAGAAUGACAGUCAGGUGGCGGUUAAAAUCCACUCUGACAAGGACAUCUCAAACAAUAUGGCUCCGCAAGCGAAUGAUGCCAGCAAUGAUGGAGAAUCUAUGCAUGAUUGGAAGGUGCAGUUACUUUUCGAUGCGUGGUAUUUGACCACAAUGCUCGGGGAUUCCUCGCAGCUGGAUGAUGCCAUACUACAAGUCCAAGCAAGCGUGGCGCCCAGCCCCGAGAUGAUCAAAACCAUACAAACGUCGGCCAAAGACUACUGGAAACGAACAGAAUUACUGUUCGGUCUCCUGGCCAGGCCAUAG